UCUCUGACUACAGAAUUCAUCUGAUAGACUGACUGAAAUUAUUUGUUCUUCUUACAGAACACACCUUGACGAUGGGAAGCAGUGAAACACUUGUGUUCGGUGAUCAAGACUAUGACUUCAGAAUUCCAGCUCUUCUUUACGUUAAAGAAUGGAAUACAUUCCUGGCAUUUGCAGAGAAGCGCACCUCUCCCAACGAUGCACACGCAAAGAAUCUGGUGAUGAGUAAAGGCACGCGGCACAGCGGCUCACUGAAGUGGUCUCCCACCGAGGACGUGAAGGAGGCAUUCAAAGAUGGCUACCGCACCAUGAACCCCUGUCCAGUCUUUGAAAGGAAGUCAAGAAGACUGUUCCUGUUCUUCAUCUGCCUCAAGGGGAAAAUUCCAGAAUGGGACCUCAAGCCAGGCCAGUCUUGUUUAUGCUACGUCACCAGCACAGACCGCGGGGAGACCUGGAGCGAUUUAACAGACUUAACGAGCAGUGUCAACUUUACCAAUUACCAAACCUUCGCUGUGGGACCAGGCCACGGGAUCCAGCUGAGCAGCGGCACACUACUCGUGCCUGCCUAUGUGAAGGAGGUGAAGUGCUGCUGGUGCUGCUGGUGCUGCUGGUGCUGCUGUAAGUGUCUGAGCACCCAUGCUGUGGUGCUGCGCAGCGAGGACCUGAACACCUGGAAGGCAAGCCAGCCCAUCGCCCUGGAGUCCCUGGAGUGCCAGCUGGCUGAGGUGUCUGACAGGGAGGGUAGGAGGCAGGUGUAUCUGAACGCUCGCAGCACCGGAGCACCGGAGCCACGAGUAGAGGCACUGAGUGACGACGGCGGGGAAAGUUUUAAGCUAAACAAGCUAACGCUAACGCUAAAGGAGAGGCCUAAAGGCUGCCAGGGGAGUGUGUUGGGGUUCCCUGCCAGGGAGCUUCCAGCAGGAGGAGGGAGAUCCUCAGAGACGGCUCUGCUCUUCAGCCACCCGACCAAAGGGGAGGGCGGGGACAGGCUGGCUCUCGGGGUCUACCUGAGAAAGUCUCUCCAGGACGACGACCCCUGGGGUAAACCCCUCAUCAUCCACCCAGGGGUCAGUGGAUACUCAGACCUCACCUGCUGUGAGGAGGAGGGUCACUUUGGUUGUCUGAUGGAGUGUGGCCAUGAGAAACGUCUUCAUAUUGUCUUCAAAGAGUUCGAUCUCAAGGAGAUACUGCACAUAGUUAAUCAUUCAGAUGUAGACAGAGGGGAAAUUGUGUGA